GUGGUGGUGGUAGAUUCCAAUUAUCAUCAGCGAUACGACAAUCAAACAACAACAACAACAAACGAAUUGGCAGAGUGAAUAAUCAACAACAUCGUCGAUGGCCUAAUGGUCAAAUUCCAUAUCAGAUUUCACGAAAAUUACGACCAUAUCGUUCAAUAAUAUUACAAGCAAUGAAACAAAUUGAACAAAAUACCUGUAUACGUUUUCGACAACGUAAAACACAACAAAAUUAUGUAAAAUUAAUUGCUGGUGAUGGUUGUCAUUCGAUUGUUGGCCGUAUUGGUAAUAAUGGUGGUGUACAAUUAUUAUCAUUAGGUAAUGGUUGUCAUGAUAUUGGUAGUAUAAUACAUGAAUUAUGUCAUACAAUUGGCCUUUAUCAUGAACAUAUGCGUUAUGAUCGUGAUCAAUAUCUUCAAAUACAAUGGUCAAAUAUUCAACCAGAAAUGCUGGAACAAUUUAUUCGUAUACCGAUUCAAGAAUAUAAACCAGCAUAUCAUUUUGAUUAUAAUUCUAUAAUGAUUUAUGGAUCAUAUGCAUUUAGCAGAAAUGGUCGACCAACAAUGUUACCAAAAAAUCAUUCUAUUAAAUUACGUGAAUCACAUUUUAAACAAUCACUUUCAACGGGUGAUAUUAUUAAUAUUAAUGCAAUGUAUGGUUGUAAUUAGAAU